AUGGCCCAAGAAAUCCAAAAGGAGAACAAUGACCAUUUGGUCCAGUCGUCUGACCCCGAGCAUCCCGCCAACUUGAUCCCUGAUCUCUGUCGCCGGUUCUACAAUUGGGGCUGGGUCACCGGUACUGGUGGCGGGACUUCCAUUCGUCGCGAUAACCAUAUAUUCAUCGCUCCUUCUGGUGUGCAGAAGGAGAUGAUGAAAUCCGACAACAUCUUCGUCUUGGAAUUCCCUACGCCCAAGUACCCUCCGUCCGAUCGCAAAUACAUUCGCAAGCCGCUCGACCUGAAGCCCUCGGCAUGCACGCCACUGUUCCUUGCCGCUUUUGAGCGCGGGGCUGGCUGCUGUAUCCACACUCAUUCUCAGUGGGCGGUCCUGGUGACCCUCCUGGUUGAGCGCGAAAAGGGCCCGAACGCCUGCUUUGAAAUUAGCAACAUUGAGCAGAUCAAGGGUAUCCCCCGUGGCAAGGGCAAGGGCAUGAUGGGAUUCUACGAUACUCUUCGCAUCCCGAUCAUCGAUAACACCGCGUUUGAGGAAGACCUCACGGGAAGCUUGGAGAAGGCGAUGGAGGAAUACCCGGACACCUAUGCUGUCCUUGUGCGGAGACACGGAAUUUAUGUGUGGGGAGACGACGUCGUCAAAGCCAAGACUCAGUGCGAGAGUCUAGACUACCUGUUCCAGCUUGCUGUUGAGAUGCACAAGCUUGGUCUCCCUUGGGUGAAAGAAACGUAG